GUGGAGGACAGCCCCAGUCCAAAGCGUCAGAGGCUAUCCGGCCAAUCAGUGCUGGAUCUCUCCACUGUGGCCCCACCCUCAACCCCCUCUCCACCAAUGAGGCCAUGGGAGCUGCCCCCCAGUCGCAGACCUCCCCCUAACCCCCACUACCACCAGGAGCGCUGCCAUACACCUGCCAGACACAGACACAGGUAAGAGACUGUUACCUCACCUGGUACUGUGCUUUUAGCUUGAUACUUUGCUUGGUUCAUUUUACAGUCAGUCAGUUACUCAGUCAGUUAGGUAGCUAUUCAGUUUGGAAGAUUUCUCAGUAGUCAAUAUUGACCAGUAAGAGCUAACAUGAUGAUGAUGAUUGUAACUAUGAUGAUGGUAUAUUCAUAGUUAAUGAUUUGAUUAUAGUUAUCAGAAUGAUGAAGACUUAACUCCUCCCCCUCUCCUUUCCUCCAGUCCUCCAGCGCGUCGCCAGCGUGGCCGUCUCUCCCGUCCCCCACGUCACCUCCCCCCUCCUCCCCACCACCCUUCCCCUCCUCCCCCCUCCAUCCGACUAGACCCCCAGGACCAAAACUACCGCCACCACCACCCUCACCCCCACCAGAGCUACCCUCACCCUCCUCCUCCCCCCUACGGCCAGCCCCCAGCCCCUGCUAGAGGGGGGGUGGAGGAGCCCCGAGCGUUCCACCCCCCCACCCUAUCUCCACGGUUACUGCACCCUGCUGUCCAUCAUUCUCAUCAAGCAGCUCACCACCAGGCACAGCAGCAAGGAACCAUGGUUAUGGACCUACAUGAACAGGUUAGUCCCAGUCUCCUAUAUAUUAACUCUCUCUCUCUCCAACAGGCUUCAGUCCCAGUCUCCUAUAUAUUAACUCUCUCUCUCUCCAACAGGCUUCAGUCCCAGUCUCCUAUAUAUUAACUCUCUCUCUCCAACAGGCUUCAGUCCCAGUCUCCUAUAUAUUAACUCUCUCUCUCUCCAACAGGCUUCAGUCCCAGUCUCCUAUAUAUUAACUCUCUCUCUCUCCAACAGGCUUCAGUCCCAGUCUCCUAUAUAUUAACUCUCUCCAACAGGUCAGUCCCAGUCUCCUAUAUAUUAACUCUCUCUCUCUCUCUCCAAAGGCUUCAGUCCCAUCUCCUAUAUAUACUCUCUCUCUCUCCAACAGGAUUCAGUCCCAGUCUCCUAUAUAUUAACUCUCUCUCUCUCUGCUCCAACAGGCUUCAGUCCCAGUCUCCUAUAUAUUACCUCUCUCUCUCCAACAGCUUCAGUCCCAGUCUCCUUAUAUUAACUCUCUCAUCUCUCCAACAGGCUUCCAGUCCCAGUCUCUAUAUAUUAACUCUCCUCUCUCUCCAACGGCUUGUCCAGUUCCCAGUUCUCCUAUAUAUUAAACUCUCUCUCUCUCCAACAGGCUUCAGUCCCAGUCUCCUAUAUAUUAACUCUCUCUCUCUCUUCCAACAGGCUUCAGUCCCAGUCUCCUAUAUAUUAACUCUCUCUCUCUCCAACAGGCUUCAGUCCCAGUCUCCUAUAUAUUAACUCUCUCUCUCUCUCCAACAGGCUUCAGUCCCAGUCUCCUAUAUAUUAACUCUCUCUCUCUCCAACAGGCUCAGUCCCAGUCUCCUAUAUAUUAAUCUCUCUCUCUCUCUCUCCAACAGGCUUCAGUCCCAGUCUCCUAUAUAUUAACUCUCUCUCUCUCUCCAACAGGCUUCAGUCCCAGUCUCCUAUAUAUUAACUCUCUCUCUCUCCAACAGGCUUCAGUCCCAGUCUCCUAUAUAUUAACUCUCUCUCUCUCCAACAGGCUUCAGUCCCAGUCUCCUAUAUAUUAACUAUCUCUCUGUCCAACAGGCUUCAGUCCCAGUCUCCUAUAUAUUAACUCUCUCUCUCUCUGUCCAACAGGCUUCAGUCCCAGUUUCCUAUAUAUUAACUCUCUCUCUCUCUCUCCAACAGGCUUCAGUCCCAGUCUCCUAUAUAUUAACUCUCUCUCUCUCCAACAGGCUUCAGUCCCAGUCUCCUAUAUAUUAACUCUCUCUCUCUCCAACAGGCUUCAGUCCCAGUCUCCUAUAUAUUAACUCUCUCUCUUCUCUCCAACAGGCUUCAGUCCCAGUCUCCUAUAUAUUAACUCUCUCUCUCUCCAACAGGCUUCAGUCCCAGUCCUCCUAUAUAUUAACUCUCUCUCUCUCCAACAGGCUUCAGUCCCAGUCUCCUAAUAUUAACUCUCUCUCUCUCCAACAGGCUUCAGUCCCCAGUCUCCUAUAUAUUAACUCUCUCUCUCUCCAACAGGCUUCAGUCCCAGUCUCCUAUAUAUUAACUCUCUCUCUCUCCAACAGGCUUCAGUCCCAGUCUCCUAUAUAUUAACUCUCUCUCUCUCUCCAACAGGAUUCAGUCCCAGUCUCCUAUACAGUGGGGAAAAAAAGUAUUUAGUCAGCCACCAAUUGUGCAAGUUCUCCCACUUAAAAAGAUGAGAGAGGCCUGUAAUUUUCAUCAUAGGUACACGUCAACUAUGACAGACAAAAUUAGAAAAGAAAAUCCAGAAAAUCACAUUGUAGGAUUUGUAAUGAAUUUAUUUGCAAAUUAUGGUGGAAAAUAAGUAUUUGGUCAAUAACAAAAGUUUCUCAAUACUUUGUUAUAUACCCUUUGUUGGCAAUGACACAGGUCAAACGUUUUCUGUAAGUCUUCACAAGGUUUUCACACACUGUUGCUGGUAUUUUGGCCCAUUCCUCCAUGCAGAUCUCCUCUAGAGCAGUGAUGUUUUGGGGUUGUCGCUGGGCAACACGGACUUUCAACUCCCUCCAAAGAUUUUCUAUGGGGUUGAGAUCUGGAGACUGGCCAGGCCACUCCAGGACCUUGAAAUGCUUCUUACGAAGCCACUCCUUCGUUGCCCGGGCGGUGUGUUUUGAAUCAUUGUCAUGCUGAAAGACCCAGCCACGUUUCAUCUUCAAUGCCCUUGCUGAUGGAAGGAGGUUUUCACUCAAAAUCUCACGAUACAUGGCCCCAUUCAUUCUUUCCUUUACACGGAUCAGUCGUCCUGGUCCCUUUGCAGAAAAACAGCCCCAAAGCAUGAUGUUUCCACCCCCAUGCUUCACAGUAGGUAUGGUGUUCUUUGGAUGCAACUCAGCAUUCUUUGUCCUCCAAACACGACGAGUUGAGUUUUUACCAAAAAGUUCUAUUUUGGUUUCAUCUGACCAUAUGACAUUCUCCCAAUCCUCUUCUGGAUCAUCCAAAUGCACUCUAGCAAACUUCAGGCGGGCCUGGACAUGUACUGGCUUAAGCAGGGGGACACGUCUGGCACUGCAGGAUUUGAGUCCCUGGCGGCAUAGUGUGUUACUGAUGGUAGGCUUUGUUACUUUGGUCCCAGCUCUCUGCAGGUCAUUCACUAGGUCCCCCCGUGUGGUUCUGGGAUUUUUGCUCACCGUUCUUGUGAUCAUUUUGACCCCACGGGGUGAGACUUGCGUGGAGCCCCAGAUCGAGGGAGAUUAUCAGUGGUCUUGUAUGUCUUCCAUUUCCUAAUAAUUGCUCCCACAGUUGAUUUCUUCAAACCAAGCUGCUUACCUAUUGCAGAUUCAAUCUUCCCAGCCUGGUGCAGGUCUAUAAUUUUGUUUCUGGUGUCCUUUGACAGCUCUUUGGUCUUGGCCAUAGUGGAGUUUGGAGUGUGACUGUUUGAGGUUGUGGACAGGUGUCUUUUAUACUGAUAACAAGUUCAAACAGGUUGCCAUUAAUACAGGUAACGAGUGGAGGACAGAGGAGCCUCUUUAAGAAGAAGUUACAGUUCUGUGAGAGCCAGAAAUCUUGCUUGUUUGUAGGUGACCAAAUACUUAUUUUCCACCAUAAUUUGCAAAUAAAUUCAUAAAAAAUCCUACAAUGUGAUUUUCUGGAUUUUUUUUCUCAAUUUGUCUGUCAUAGUUGACGUGUACCUAUGAUGAAAAUUACAGGCCUCUCUCAUCUUUUUAAGUGGGAGAACUUGCACAAUUGGUGGCUGACUAAAUACUUUUUUCCCCACUGUAUAUUAACUCUCUCUCUCUCCAACAGGCUUCAGUCCCAGUCUCCUAUAUAUUAACUCUAUCUCUCCCCAACAGGCUUCAGUCCCAGUCUCCUAUAUAUUAACUCUCUCUCUCUCCAACAGGCUUCAGUCCCAGUCUCCUAUAUAUUAACUCUCUCUCUCUCUCCAACAGGCUUCAGUCCCAGUCUCCUAUAUAUUAACACUCUCUCUCUCCAACAGGCUUCAGUCCCAGUCUCCUAUACGGUGACUGCUGUCCCUCCUCAUCGUGGUCUAGUUACUCCUCUGUAUACAGGACAGCACCUCCCUCCUGUCUGCUCCUCUCAACAACAGAUCCCAGCCUGCAGUGUGGUCUUCAGUACAGGACAACACUACCACCCUGUGAGUAGAGGGAGGGAGGGAGGGAGUAUUGGGGUGGGUGUGUGUUUGCAGUGUGGUCUUCAGUACAGGACAACACUACCACCCUGUGAGUAGAGGGAGGGAGGGAGGGAGGGAGUAUAGGGGGGGGGGGGGGUGUGUGGCAGUGUGGUCUUCAGUACAGGACAACACUACCACCCUGUGAGUAGAGUGGAGGGAGGAGGGAGGGAGUAUUGGGGGUGGAUGGUGUGUUUGCAGUGUGGUCUUCAGUACCGGACAACACUACCACCCUGUGAGUAGAGGGAGGGAGGGAGGGAGGGAGGGAGGGAGUAUUGGGGGGGGGGGGUGUUUUGCAGUGUGGUCUUCAGUACCGGACAACACUACCACCCUGGGACUUAGCAACAGUCCUUGUAUUGGUUCUCCUGGGUCAUGUCCAAGAGGGUCACAACAUUUUGAACAUUUCAGGUACAAAUGUCUAGUCUGGUACCAGUCUGUUUAGCUAUCAUCUAGUCUGGUACCAGUCUGUUUAGCUAUCAUCUAGUCUGGUACCAGUCUGUCUCAGCUAUCAUCUAGUCUGGUACCAGUCUGUUUAGCUAUCAUCUAGUCUGGUACCAGUCUGUUUAGCUAUCAUCUAGUCUGGUACCAGUCUGUUUAGCUAUCAUCUAGUCUGGUACCAGUCUGUUUAGCUAUCAUCUAGUCUGGUACCAGUCUGUUUAGCAAUCACUCUUAGUUCCGGUCAUUGCACAUGUGACACUGUCGACAUAGUUGGACCAUGUUUAGCAUCACGAGGUGGACAAGUAAUGAUAGCUACAACAGUCUGGUACCAGACUAGAUGAUAGUACACAUACUGGUUACCUGGACUAGAUGAUAGCUAGACACUGACUGGUACCAGACUAGACCAAGGAGUGGAAUUAUAGCUAAACAGCUGGUACCAGACUUACAAGGAUUGGAUGAUGCUAGACAGACUGUACCAUACUAGAUAUACCUUAGCAGCUGGUACCAGACUAGUUAGCUAAACAGACUGGUACCAGACUAGAUGAUAGCUAAACAGACUGGUACCAGACUAGAUGUAUAGCUAACCAGACUGGGUACCAGACUAGAUGAUAGCUAAACCGGACUGGUACCAGACUAGAUGAUAGCUAACAGACUGGUACCAGUACUAGAUGAUACUAGACAGACUGGUACCAGACUAGACCAAGGAUGGACUGAUAGCUAACAGACUGGUACCAGACUGAGCCAAGGGUGGAUGAUAGCUAAACAGCUGGUACCAGACUGACCAAGAGUGGAAUUAUAGCUAAACAGUCUGGUACCAACUAGAUGUUAGCUAACAGUACUGGUACCAGGACUAGUAUAGCUCGCAUACUGGUACAGACUGGACCAGAGUGCUUAGCUAAACAGACUGGUACCAGCUAGUGAUAGCUAGCAGUACUGGUCCAGCGUAACUGAUAGCUACACUAGCUGGUACCAGAUCAUGAUAUAGCUAAACUAGUCUGGUACCAGACUAGUGUUAGCUAACAGACUGGUACCAGACUAACCUGGUGAGAAUUAUCAGCCACCAGACUGGUACCAGACUAGAUGUAGCUAACAGACUGGUACCAGACGUAGACUAUAGCUAAACAGCUUGGUACCAGGUACCAGAUGAUAGCUAACACAGAUCUGGUACCAGUACUAGAUGAUCAGCUAGACAGACUGGUACCAGCUGAUGAUACUAAACAGCUGGUACCAGCUAGAUUAGCUAAACAGCUGGUACCAGACUGAUGUUAGCUAUACAGCUGGUACCAACUAGAUUGAUAGCUAAAUCAGCUGGUACCAGUCUAGAUGAUAGCUAACAGACUGGUACCAGCUAGAUUAGCUAUCAGUCACUUGGUACCAGACUGGACCAGAUGGAUGAUAGCUAAACGAGCUGGUACCAGCGAGCUAAGACAUGUUGAUUAUAUCGGUAACAUGUAGUUCAUUGUGGUACACGAGAAAGUGUAUCUGUGUACAUAGGUAGCUUAGUGGUAAGACGUUGUCAGCUAACCGAAUGGUCGCUGGUUUACUAAUCAGUCGACUGGUAAAAUCUGUCGUGUCCUUGAGCAAGACACUUACCCUAUCUGUCUCCUUAAGUCGCUCUGGAUACAGACGUCUGCUAUAUGCUACACAUGUAAAUGUUAAUAUAUUCAGGUCAUUGAAGCCUCCACCCUGGUGUGAUUUGUUGCUAUGAUUGUUGGUGUUUGCUACCCCCUAAUGGCAAAAGUAAUGAAAUGCAGAUUUAUGUCGUUGACAUGAAAAGUAGUAUCAAACCUCUCUCUCCCCCUUCUCUCUCUCCUCUCUAUAUCUUCUCUCUCCCCCUCUCCUCUUCCCCCCCUCUCUCCCCUCUCUCUCUCUCCCCCCUCUCUCUCUCCCCUCUCUCUCUCCCUCCUCUCUCUCCUCUCCUCUCUCUCUCAGAUGCUGGGGGCGUGUUCGGUGCAGCAUGUGCCCUAUGUCUUUCCCUCGCUCCUCUCCAGUGAUGCCCCUUUCCUCCUCCACCCCCCCCACCUCUCUCACCACCCCCCCCACCUCCCUCCACCUGGACAGUUCCUUCCCUUCCAGACACAACAGGCCAGAUCGGUAAGAAACACAUUACUCUGAUUUUCAUUAUAAUAAGGAAUUGUGUUUUUAUGACUUUUUCCACAAACGCAGUGUUUCUCAAAGUACCCAAACUAGUUUAUUUUUAAUAUCCUGCCAUUAGAUGUGCUACCCAGAGUCUUUAACCAUUACCAUAGGUAGUGUUGCUACCCAGAGCCUUUAACCAUUAAGGUAGUGUUGCUACCCAGAGUCUUUAACCAUUAAGGUAGUGUUGCUACCCAGAGUCUUUAACCAUUAAGGUAGUGUUGCUACCCAGAGUCUUUAACCAUUAAGGUAGUGUUGCUACCCAGAGCCUUUAACCAUUAAGGUAGUGUUGCUACCCAGAGCCUUUAACCAUUAAGGUAGUGUUUCUACCCAGAGCCUUUAACCAUUAGGUAGUUUUGCUACCCGAGUCUUAACCAUUAGGUAGUGUUGCUACCCAGAGUCUUUACCAUGAGGUAGUGUUUGCUACCCAGAGUCUUUAACCAUUAAGGUAGUGUUGCUACCAGAUCUUUAACCUGGUAGCAACCGAUUUUUAGAGGUAGUUCUCUACCCAGAUCUUAAAUUGUCUGACUGCUACCCUUCUUUCCAAUGUGUCACUUCCAGAGUCUUGACUUUACGGGUUUUGAAUCCCAAUUUAACCUUUUUUCUCCCCUAGAAACCAUUAAAAAAGUUUUGAAACCCCAGAGUCUUAAUCCUUUAAAUUGUUGCUCCCCGAUCCUUUAACCUUUUGUUCCCUAUCCCGUUUCAUAACGGCUUUGUACCCUGCAGAGCCGUUUACACGAUAAGGAGUGUGCUAUCAGGGCCCUUUGUGGGACGGGGGUUUAGCACCCUACCGGAAGGCCAUCACCCUUUGUCCCUGACUUCCUCCACACAUUUCUCCAGUUGUCCCAACACGACCCCCACUCAUAACAUAACCUUUUCCGGGGGCUAAGACCCUAGCCCAACACACGUCCUCCUGCCCCCCUACAGCUCUUCCCAGUUCCUUCCCUUCUACCCGACCCCCUUCAAAGCUUUUGUAUGCAAAUGACCCCCCAUACCCACCCCUUCACCCUGUCAACCUGCAGAGAUCCAGGUCCUCUAGGAGACCCCCUGUCCGGAGGGGUUCAGUAACACUCAACAGGACACCACCCUUCCUCCCUGCCCCCCUCCACACCCCUCCAGUUCCUCUCUCACCACGACCCCCUGUCACAGGAGCUGUUCGGAGUGGUAAGACACACACACAUACCCCACCCCUCCUCCCUGCCCCCCUCCACACCCCUCCAGUUCCUCUCUCACCACGACCCCCUGUCACAGGAGCUGUUCGGAGUGGUAAGACACACACCACACCAUACCCCACCCUUCCCCCCUGUCCCCCUCCACAACCCCUCCAUUUCCUGUCUCACCACGACCCCCCUGUCACAGGACUGUUCAGCAUUGCAAAGACACACACACAUCCGCCCGGCCCCCUCACGGCCCCGUCCACACCUAUUUAAUUUUUCCCCUCCUCAACCAGCUACUCUUCACUGGGGUUUUCCCGGAAUUGGUAAACAAACAUUACAUACACCACACUUUCCUCACUUCCCACGACAAACACACCUACCCCUAGUUCCACCAACACACUCCCUUACAUGAGCUGUUUCACACAACAAACCCAUGUCCCUAAUCAGAGACCACCGAAGGGCUUCUCCUUAAGGGCCAUUUCUUACCUUUUGAUUUCUUCAGGUCCCCCACUUCAGUUCCUGCCAAUCAGGCAGUCGUACCUUCCCAGGCGUCCCCCGGAAAUUAGGCCCAGGUUACUUUUUUUAGACAUUACUCAUUCCCUUUUUGACACUUGACAUAGACAGGAAAAAUGUGUUUAUUGUAAUAGAUAGAGUUCCACACAGACAGAGAACAACAUGUCCUUAUAUGGUAAUAUAUGAGAUAAAGACAUGGAAUCACCAUGUCUUAAUUCAAGAUCUCUUCCUCACCACAGCCAUGUCCCUUCUCUAUGUCGAGCUUCCACCAACAGUCGAACCCCAUGUCUUAAAUCUAUGAAGAGUUUUACGAUAAGCUAGCAACCGUCUCCUCUCUAUGGUACCCCCAACUUAUGCGCGGCAAAAGGAGUUUUAACCCGUUCCCUCAUACGGUCUCCCCAACCCUUAGCACCCUUGAUCCUCCCUAACUACCAUCUAUAUUUCUCCUCUUUAUGGAGGUGGAGGUAUUAAUGAAUAGGGCUAAUAAAUCAUGUUUUUAAUAUGGGUAUUAAUACGGAUCAAAUAGGCUCUGAAUCAAUUGGUGUUUAAUGCAAACGCUACUUCCACUCUAUCUGUCUCUCCUCUCUCAGGUGGGAGGUCAGUUUAAAAACACGGCUCCCCAUCAUAUGGCUUAGAUCUUUGGAUUGGAGGAGUUAAAAACAGGAAACUACUUAGGUUUUAAAUUUUAGCAAAACAAAGAACCGCUAACUACACAUCUAUAUGGUCUCCUAAACUCUAAUGGAGUGGAGGUAGGGUUAAUGAAACACGGCUAACUACACAUCUAUAUGGUCUCCUAAACUCUUAAUGGAGUGGAGGUGGUUUUAAUGAACACGGCUAACUACACAUCUAUAUGGUCUCCUAAACUCUUAAUGGAGUGGAGGUAUUUAAUGAACACGGCUAACUACACAUCUAUAUGGUCUCCUAAACUCUAAUGGAGUGGAGGUAGUUUAAUGAACACGGCUAACUACACAUCUAUAGGUCUCCUAAACUCUAAUGGAGUGGAGGUAGUUUAAUGUACACGGCUAACUACACAUCUAUAUGGUCUCCUAAACUCUUAAAUGGAGUGGAGGUAGUUUAAUGAACAACGGCUAACUACCAUCUAUAUGGUCUCCUAAACUCUUAAUGGGAGUGGAGGUAGUUUAAUGAACACGGCUAACUACACAUCUAUUGGUCUCCUAAACUCUAAUGGAGUGGAGGUAGUUUAUGAACACGGCUAACUACACAUCUAAUGGUCUCCUAAACUCUAAUGGAGUGGAGGUGUUUAUGAACACGGCUAACUACACUCUAUAUGGUCUCCUAAACUCUAAUGGAGUGGAGGUAGUUUAAAUGAACACGGCUAACUACACAUCUAUAUGGUCUCCUAAACUCUUAAUGGAGUGGAGGUAGUUUAAUGAACACGGCUACUACACAUCUAUAUGGUCUCCUAACUCUAAUGGAGUGGAGGUAGUUUAAUGAACCCCGGCUACUACACAUCUAUAUGUCUCCUAAACUCUAAUGGAGUGGGAGGUAGUUUAAUGAACACGGCUAACUACACAUCUAUAUGUCUCCUAAACUCUUAAUGGAGUGGAGGUCGUUUAAUGAACACGGCUAACUACACAUCUAUAUGGUCUCCUAAAACUCUUAUGGAGUGGGAGGUAGUUUAAUGAACCCGCUAACUACACAUCUAUAUGGUCUCCUAAACUCUUAAUGGAGUGGAGGUAGUUUAAAAUGAACACGGCUAACUACACAUCUAUAUGGUCUCCUAACUCUUAAUGGAGUGGAGGUAGUUUAAUGAACACGGCUAACUACACAAUCUAUAUGGUCUCCUAAACUCUAAUGGAGUGGAGGUAGUUGUAAUGAACACGGCUAACUACACAUCUAUAUGGUCUCCUAAACUCUAAUGGAGUGGAGGUAGUUUUAAUGAACACGGCUAACUACACAUCUAUAUGGUCUCCUAAACUCUUAAUGGAGUGGAAGGGUAGUUUAAUGAACACGGCUAACUACAACAUCUAUAUGGUCUCCUCAACUCUAAUGGAGUGGAGGUAGUUUUAAAUGAACACAGGCUAACUACACAUCUAUAUGGUCUCCUAAACUCUAAUGGAGUGGAGGUAGUUUUAAUGAACACGGGCUAACUACCAUCUAUAUGGUCUCCUAAACUCUAAUGGAGUGGAGGUAGUUUAAUGAACACGGCUAACUACACACUAUAUGGUCUCCUAAACUCUAAUGGAGUGGAGGUAGUUUAAUGAACACGGCUAACUACACAUCUAUAUGGUCUCCUAAACUCUUAAUGGAGUGGAGGUAGUUUAAUGAACACGGCUAACUACACAUCUAUAUGGUCUCCUAAACUCUUAAUGGAGUGGAGGUAGGUUAAUGAACACGGCUAACUACACAUCUAUAUGGUCUCCUAAACUCUUAAUGGAGUGGAGGUAGGGUUUAAUGAACACGUGCUAACUACACAUCUAUAUGGUCUCCUAAACUCUAAUGGGAGUGGAGGUAGUUUAAUGAACCGGCUAACUACACAUCUAUAUGGUCUCCUAAACUCUAAUGGAGUGGAGUAGUUUAAUGAACACGGCUAACUACACAUCUAUAUGGUCUCCUAAACUCUAAUGGAGUGGAGGUAGUUUAAUGAACACGGCUAACUACACAUCUAUAUGGGUCUCCUAAACUCUAAUGGAGUGGAGGUAGUUUAAUGAACACGGCUAACUACACAUCUAGAUGGUCCUCCUAAACUCUAAUGGAGUGGAGGUGGGUUAAUGAACACGGCUAACUACACAUCUAUAUGGUCUCCUAAACUCUUAAUGGAGUGGAGGUAGGUUAAUGAACACGGCUAACUACACAUCUAUAUGGUCUCCUAAACUCUAAUGGAGUGGAGGUAGUUUAAUGAACACGGCUAACUACAAUCCCUAUAUGGUCUCCUAAACUCUAAUGGAGUGGAGGUAGUUUAAUGAACACGGCUACUACACAUCUAUAUGGUCUCCUAAACUCUAAUGGAGUGGAGGUAGUUUAAUGAACACGGCUAACUACACAUCUAUAUGGUCUCCUAAACUCUAAUGGAGUGGAGGUAGUUUAAUGAACACGGCUAACUACACAUCUAUAUGGUCUCCUAAACUCUUAAUGGAGUGGAGGUAGUUUAAUGAACACGGCUAACUACACAUCUAUAUGGUCUCCUAAACUCUAAUGGAGUGGAGGUAGUUUAAUGAACACGGCUAACUACACAUCUAUAUGGUCUCCUAAACUCUAAUGGAGUGGAGGUGGGUUAAUGAACACGGCUAACUACACAUCUAUAUGGUCUCCUAAACUCUAAUGGAGUGGAGGUGGGUUUAAUGAACACGGCUAACUACACAUCUAUAUGGUCUCCUAAACUCUAAUGGAGUGGAGGUAGUUUAAUGAACACGGCUAACUACACAUCUAUAUGGUCUCCUAAACUCUAAUGGAGUGGAGGUAGUUUAAUGAACACGGCUAACUACACAUCUAUAUGGUCUCCUAAACUCUAAUGGAGUGGAGGUAGGUUAAUGAACACGGCUAACUACACAUCUAUAUGGUCUCCUAAACUCUUAAUGGAGUGGAGGUGGGUUUAAUGAACACGGCUAACUACACAUCUAUAUGGUCUCCUAAACUCUAAUGGAGUGGAGGUAGUUUAAUGAACACGGCUAACUACACAUCUAUAUGGUCUCCUAAACUCUAAUGGAGUGGAGGUGGGUUAAUGAACACGGCUAACUACACAUCUAUAUGGUCUCCUAAACUCUAAUGGAGUGGAGGUGGGUUAAUGAACACGGCUAACUACACAUCUAUAUGGUCUCCUAAACUCUAAUGGAGUGGAGGUGGGUUAAUGAACACGGCUAACUACACAUCUAUAUAGUCUCCUAAACUCUAAUGGAGUGAGGUAGUUUAAUGAACACGGCUACUACACAUCUAUAUGGUCUCCUAAACUCUAAUGGAGUGGAGGGUUGGUUAAUGAACACGGCUAACUACAACACUAUAUAGUCUCCUAAACUCUAAUGGAGUGGAGGGUAGUUUACAAUGAACACGGCUAAACUACACAUCUAUAUGGUCUCUAAACUCUAAUGGAGUGGAGGUAGUUUAAUGAACACGGCUAACUACACAUCUAUAUGGUCUCCUAAAACUCUAAUGGAGUGGAGGUAGUUUAAUGAACACGGCUACUACCCAUCUAUAUGGUCCUCCUAAACUCUAAUGGAGUGGAGGUAGUUUAAUGAACACGGCUAACUACACACUAUAUGGUCUCCUAAAACUCUAAUGGAGUGGAGGUGGGGUUAUGAACACACGCUAACUACACAUCGAUAUGUCUCCUAAACUCUAAUGGAGUGGAGGUAGUUUAAUGAACACGGCUAACUACACAUCUAUAUGGUCUCCUAAACUCUAAUGGAGUGGAGGUGGGUUAAUGAACACGGCUAACUACACAUCUAUAUGGUCUCCUAAACUCUAAUGGAGUGGAGGUAGUUUAAUGAACACGGCUAACUACACAUCUAUAUGGUCUCCUAAACUCUAAUGGAGUGGAGGUAGUUUAAUGAACACGGCUAACUACACAUCUAUAUGGUCUCCUAAACUCUAAUGGAGUGGAGGUAGUUUAAUGAACCAACGCUAACUACAACAUCUAUAUGGUCUCCUAAACUCUAAUGGAGUGGAGGUGGGUUUAAUGAACACGGCUAAACUACACAUCUAUAUGGUCCUCCUAAACUCUAAUGGAGUGGAGGUGGGUUUAAUGAACACGGCUAACUACACAUCUAUAUGGUCUCCUAAACUCUAAUGGAGUGGAGGUGGGUUAAUGAACACGCUAACUACACAUCUAUAUGGUCUCCUAAACUCUAAUGGAGUGGAGGUAGUUUAAUGAACACGGCUAACUACACAUCUAUAUGGUCUCCUAAACUCUAAUGGAGUGGAGGUAGUUUAAUGAUCUACAGUCUAGUGUUUCCUGACACAUCUAGCCUCUUGUUAGCUCCAAUAGCUAAUGCCUAGGCUUCAGCUCAGUGGGCUAAAAUGAUGAAUGCGUGUUGAUUGGGUGUGUAUCAUGUUCUUCAUAGUCUACACCAAUCCAAUGCUGUUAUGUCCUCACGGGCGAGUGAAUGCAGUGGUCUAAGGCACUGCAUCGCAGUGCUAGCUGUGUCACUAGAGAUCCUGGUUCGAAUCCAGGCUCUGUCGUAGCCGGCCGCGACCGGGAGACCCAUGGGGCGGCGCACAAUUGGCCCAGCGUCGUCCAGGUAGGGGAGGGAAUGGCCGGCAGGGGAUGUAGCUCAGUUGGUAGAGCAUGGCGUUUGCAACGCCAGGGUUGUGGGUUCGAUAAAAAUAAUGUAUGUGCUAACUGUAAGUCGCUCUGGAUAAGAGCGUCUGCUAAAUGACUAAAAUGUAAUGUAAAUGAAUGAACGCAGCUAGGGUAGAUGGGAGGACAAUAGGAAUUUGUCUUGUGUAGGUAGACUGUCUCUUCUCUGACCUCUAACCUUUAACCCCGCCGUCUGACCUCCAGGCCCUGUUGAACCUAGCAGAGCGUCUGGGUGAGGCUAAACCAAGAGGACUGACCAAGGCUGACAUAGAACAGCUGCCCUCCUACCGCUUCAACCCCAACAACCACCAGUCAGAACAGACACUGUGAGUAGAGUCCCUUCAACAACCACCAGUCAGAACAGACACUGUGACUAGAGUCCCUUCAACAACCACCAGUCAGAACAGACACUGUGAGUAGAGUCCCUUCAACAACCACCAGUCAGAACAGACACUGACUAGAGUCCCUUCAACAACCACCAGUCAGAACAGACACUGUGACUAGAGUCCCUUCAACAACCACCAGUCAGAACAGACACUGUGAGUAGAGUCCCUUCAACAACCACCAGUCAGAACAGACACUGACUAGAGUCCCUUCAAACAUCACAACAAAACCCCCAUCCAGUCAGAACAGACACUGACUAGAGUCCCUUCAACAACCACCAGUCAGAACAGACACUGACUAGAGUCCCUUCAACAACCACCAGUCAGAACAGACACUGACUAGAGUCCCUUCAACAACCACCAGUCAGAACAGACACUGACUAGAGUCCCUUCAACAACCACCAGUCAGAACAGACACUGUGAGUAGAGUCCCUUCAACAACAAAACCCCCAGUCAGAACAGACACUGACUAGAGUCCCUUCAACAACCACCAGUCAGAACAGACACUGUGAGUAGAGUCCCUUCAACAACCACCAGUCAGAACAGACACUGACUAGAGUCCCUUCAACAACCACCAGUCAGAACAGACACUGACUAGAGUCCCUUCAACAACCACCAGUCAGAACAGACACUGACUAGAGUCCCUUCAACAACCACCAGUCAGAACAGACACUUUAGUAGAGUCCCUUCAACAACCACCAGUCAGAACAGACACUGACUAGAGUCCCUUCAACAACCACCAGUCAGAACAGACACUGACUAGAGUCCCUUCAACAACCACCAGUCAGAACAGACACUGUGAGUAGAGUCCCUUCAACAACCACCAGUCAGAACAGACCCUGACUAGAGUCCCUUCAACAACCACCAGUCAGAACAGACACUGAUAGAGUCCCUUCAAACAACCACCAGUCAGGAAGAACAGACCACUGACUAGGAGUCCUUCAACAACCACCAGUCAGAACAGACACUGACUAGGAGUCCCUUCAACAACCACCAGUCAGAACAGACACUGAUAGAGUCCCUUCAACAACCACCAGUCAGAACAGACACUGACUAGAGUCCCUUCAACAACCACCAGUCAGAACAGGACACUGACUAGAGUCCCUUCAACAACCCCAGUCAGAACAGACACUGACUAGAGUCCCUUCAACAACCACCAGUCAGAACAGAACACUGACUUAGAUCCCUUCAACAACCACCAGUCAGAACAGACACUGACUAGAGUCCCUUCAACAACCACCAGUCAGAACAGACACUGUGAGUAGAGUCCCUUCAACAACCACCAGUCAGAACAGACACUGACUAGAGUCCCUUCAACAACCACCAGUCAGAACAGACACUGUGAGUAGAGUCCCUUCAACAACCACCAGUCAGAACAGACACUGAUAGAGUCCCUUCAACAACCACCAGUCCCGAACAGACACUGACUAGAGUCCCUUCAACACCACCAGUCAGAACAACACUGACUAGAGUCCCUUCAACAACCACCAGUCAAACAGACACUGGCUAGAGUCCCUUCAAAAACCACCAGUCCAGAACAGACACUGACUAGGGGAGUGCUUUGUACCAUCAAGCAGACAAAUGUGGUGUAAUCCCUCUUCGUAUCAGAUGGGACUGAGUCCUUCAUUAACGUAGAUUAACACUGAUGUAUCUCUUCAACCAGGUGUGUGGUGUUAAAAGUGAUGACUUUUUAGUCCUCCCCCACCUCGAACAGACCUGCCCGUCCCAUGAACACCACACGUCGAACAUGACAGGAGUGGCUUCAAAAAGGAGUCAGAACAGAUGAUGGGUUUAAAUAAUCAAUCACAAGAGGGUUUAGGUUUAACACCCCAUGUGAACAGACAAGAAGUAAGUCCCUCAACAACUCCCAGUCAGAACAGAAUGACUAGAGGCCUUAACAACCACCAUAGGGACAGACACUUGAGUAGACCUAAAAAUGUUCAGAAAACCCUUGUAGUCCCUUCAAGACAGUCAGAAACCCGAUGGUUUGAAAAAUAAGUCAUAACAAACUGUUUCCUCAACAACACUUUGUAUAAUACCGCUAGUUUUCAACAACACCAGUCAAACGUUUUCUGUAAGUCUUCAACAACCCAUCACAAAACUGUGAGUAGGAGUCCCUUGAGCAUCCACCGUCAGAACAACCCUUGACAAGGAGUCGUUCGACCCACCACCCAGACAAAAAAAAAUCCCCAAAAAAUAAAACAGAACUGAUAAGCCCUUCAUCCCUCCAUUCCGACUCUACUAUCUCUUCCCUCCAUUCCCAGCCUCUAGUCCCUUCAACUCUACCAGUCAGACAGACAUUACCUCCUCUUCAACCCACUCCAGCGAACAGAACUGUCCUAAAUCCCUUCGACGACAACCUCCGAGUCGCACAGGCUGAUUCCCUUUAACAACCCAACAGACACUGGAGUAGAGCCCUCCCCACAUCAAACAACCUGAGACCUUCAGAGGAAACCCGCAACAGACCGUGAUCAGGUCCGGCAACACCACCAGUCCAGAACCCCCCCCCCCCACCCCCCCCAGCCCCCCCCCCCCCCGCACAUAGGUCCCCUCACAACUGACUCAUUUCAGAAAAACUGAUGAUCCUUCUCCAAGGAAGUGUACGAAUAUGGCCCUUCAACAACCACCACAACACACACGUAUGAGGGGGUUUCGACCCACCAUCAGAACUGCCCGACUAUCCCUGCAAUCAAUUCAGUCGUCCUCUGACCCAGAGAAUCUUUACAACCACCCUUUGAAAACCUGCUGGUUUUACAACCACACGAAUGUGAGAUAGAGUCCCAAACACAUUGACUAAUAUGACAUGACGUUGUUGUUCAAACGUGAACAGAACUGCUGGUUUCAUACAAACCGUCAGAACGGACCUGAGAUGUCUUCCACCAGUAGUAAAGAUGCUAGGUUUAAAAGCCCCUUUGUCAUUACGAACUGAUGUGGUUUUCCCCUUUCCAAACACCCAUGAACGACUGGUAGAUUUCUGCAGAACCCCGUCAGACUGGCACUGUACAUAAAUGUGGGGUUGUCGCUUUUGGUCCAUUUCAGGACAGGAAGUGUGUUUUCUGCUGGAAGGUGGAGGGGUAUUACACGGAUGAAAGUGUUGUAACAGAUCCAGGUGUUAUGUUGUAUUCGUUUUCUCUCUCUGUCCUUCUUUUUUUGCUCUCUCAGCUUACAGUCCUCCCUCUCCAUGAUUUCCCCUGUUCACAAUCACUCAAUGUUGUUCCAGUGGUUGAUGGAUCAGGCUCUUUUUUAACUCAGUUGUGAUAAACCACAAGACAAACACAGAGAGAUACAUCACUGAACAAACGCUAUAACAGUCAGUGGUGUGUGUGUGGGGGAAAGUUUAGGGCAGACAUUGCAUUUUUAAAAAGAUGAUAGUGUUUUAAUUGGUCAGUCACUUAGAAAUGAAAAAAUCCAAAUGGGGCCACCCAUUCAAAAAUAAAAAUACCCAAAAAAUAAAAUAAAGGUAUGCAACGCAUGACUGUAAGUCGCUUUGGAUAAAAGCGUCUGCUAAAUGGCAUAUUAUUAUUAUUAUUAUUUUGGCCCAUUCCUCCAUGCAGAUCUCCUCUAGAGCAGUGAUGUUUUGCGGCUGUCGCUGGGCAACACGGACUUUCAACUCCCUCCAAAGAUUUUCUAUGGGGUUGAGAUCUGGAGACUGGCUAGGCCACUACAGGACCUUGAAAUGCUUCUUACGCAGCCACUCCUUCGUUGCCCGGGCGGUGUGUUUGUUGACGUGUACCUAUGAUGAAAAUUACAGGCCUCUCUCAUCUUUUUAAGUGGGAGAACUUGCACAAUUGGUGGCUGACUAAAUACUUUUUCCCCCACUGUAUCUAUACAAGAGGCUUUAUUUAACAGACAGAUGGUGAUAUAUCAAUACAAGAGGCUUUAUUUAACAGUCAGAUGGUGAUAUAUCAAUACAAGAGGCUUUAUUUAACAGUCAGAUGGUGAUAUAUCUAUACAAGAGGCUUUAUUUAACAGUCAGAUGGUGAUAUAUCUAUACAAGAGGCUUUAUUUAACAGUCAGUCAGCAACUAGAUUAAAACAGUAUUUUGAUCAGGUAUCAGGUCUUCCAUUCUGUGUACAGUUGAAUUCAACAAGCUUUGUCAUGCACUGCAAAGUGAAGGAACAUCCAUUUAUGACUGGUAGAAUCGUCUCUCUCUUAUCUCUGGCCCUCCAUCUCCUCUCUCUCUCUCUCUCUCUCUUAUCUCUGGCCCUCCAUCUCCUCUCUCUCUCUCUCUCUCUUAUCUCUGGCCCUCCAUCUCCUCCUCUCUCUCUCUCUCUUAUCUCUGGCCCUCCAUCUCCUCCUCUCUCUCUCUCUUAUCUCUGGCCCUCCAUCUCCUCCUCUCUCUCUCUCAUCUCUGGCCCUCCAUCUCCUCCUCUCUCUCUCUUAUCUCUGGCCCUCCAUCUCCUCCUCUCUCUCUCUCUCUCAUCUCUGGCCCUCCAUCUCCUCCUCUCUCUCUCUCUUAUCUCUGGCCCUCCAUCUCCUCCUCUCUCUCUCUUAUCUCUGGCCCUCCAUCUCCUCCUCUCUCUCUCUCUCUUAUCUCUGGCCCUCCAUCUCCUCCUCUCUCUCUCUCAUCUCUGGCCCUCCAUCUCCUCCUCUCUCUCUCUCUUAUCUCUGGCCCUCCAUCUCCUCUCUCUCUCUCUCUUAUCUCUGGCCCUCCAUCUCCUCCUCUCUCUCUCUCCAGGCUAACAGAACGUGUCCUAUCUGUCGAGCGGACGCCUCCGAGGUCCAGCGGGAUUCUGAAUGACCCAACAGAUCUAGGAUCAGCUCAGCCCUCCCCACAUCCUAACCUGACGCUUUAG